AUUUUCAUAAAUAAUAAGUGUUUCGUGUUUGUUUUUUUUUUGUAUAAAUUUAGUUUGUAUACUAAUAUUUUAUUGUGAAUCAUGUCGGGUUUGGAAAAAUUUCAAGCAAACGAAGCUUGGCGCACAAAUUUUAAGAAAUUUCUUUUUAUGGAACGAAAACCAGAAGUUGUUCAGCAAACAUUAACAAUAACUGAAAGUCAACGUUAUAGUUUGGAUAUAGGCGAAGAUUUAAAGAAUAUAAUUGAACAAAAAAAGAGUAAAAAAACAGUUCAAAUAAAUCCUAAUGCUGAAAUUAUAAAUAUUUCAAAUACAAGAAGCGAAACACAACAAGAAUAUACAAAUAUGAAUAGAUGCGAUGAAACUGCAUACGGAGAAUUGCCAAUGUGGCAGAAAACAUCAGAUGAAAGCUUCGAAGCUUUAGAGAAGAUGUGUGAAAAAACUGUCUCUGAUCCGAAUAGCACUUUAUUUAAAUAUCUUAAUGGAGAAGAUGAAGAGCAAAAAAGGAACAAUGUUGUGGCUUGGCAAAAGACUUCAGACGAAAGCUUUGAAGCCUUAGAAAAGAUGUGUGAUAAAACAGCAUCCGAUCCCAAUAGUACGCUCUUUCAAUAUUUACAUAGUGAUCGUAAAGAACAGGUCUUGGCAGAAGUUAAAAAGCGCAGUACAGAUAAAAACAUUUUAAGUGAACACAAACAAGAGGAUAAUUUAUUAAUGAAACUAAACAAUUGCACUUUGUUGGAUGAUAUCGAGGCGCCAUCACGCAUGUGGGAAAAUACCAUAUGUGGAGAUACUAUAUUACAAACUUCACCAGUCAAAAUGGUGGGUCUAUUAAGACCUUCCACAAUAAUUGAGGAAGCACCAGACGACUCAACAAAUUCCGAUGAAUCAUCUCAAAUGAGUUUUAAAACAGCUACUAAAGGUACCCACAGCGAUGUCUCUACAAGUGCUUACGAAAGUGCACAUGAUUCCACAGUAGCCAGUAAUCGUACUGAUUAUUCUAACAAAUGCUCCCAACAACAAUUGGAAAUUAUUGAUGUUGAUAGCAUUGUAUUUGAAGCAAUAGCUAAAAACGAACAACAUGUAAAAGACAAGGCAGCGGAAAUUAUUCCCUCCCUAGAAAUAAUGGAUGCUACUAUUGUUGAAUCAGAUUUGUUAACUAAUAAAUCUGAGGGUGAGAAUAAUUCCAAUGGCAGUGACAUAUCGGUGGAUUUAAUAGAUUUAGAAAAAACCUUUGGUCCCCUUCAUGGCUCGCCACAUUCUUCUAUGUUAGAGGAACAUGUCGAACAAGUUAUUGAUUCUAAUGAAAAUGAUUUGGAAGAUGAAAACGAUUUAGAUGACUCUAUUAUUGAAAUAUUAUCGGAUGAAGAUGAUGUUGUUGAAACCGAAGAUGUAUCAAAUAGAAAUGAAGAAGAACAAAUACUUUAUACUAACAUUAAAAUGGAAAUGAGUUCAAAGUCAAGCUCAUUUAGUAUAAAUCACGAUACCUACAGUUUCAAUGAGUCAGCAGACGAUGACAAAGAAAAUGGUGGUGCGGCUGCCGAGCAAUCGGAAAAGUCUAUGCAAUUCAAUGACACAAUGGAGGAGGUGGAAUAUAUGCUCAAAAGAGGCAUGGAAUAUAUGGCUGCUGAAGCAGCUGCCAGAAAAAGUCCAGAAAAGCCUAAGGUUGCUGCUACAGCGUGUAAUAUUAAAGUUUCUAAAACUCAACCAAAUACGCCUAUGAUGAAUAAGAAACCAAGUACAUAUGUGUCAUCAUCUACCUCGAAAGUAAAACCAUCUACAUUUACAACUCCAGCCAAGAAAACUCCCACAUCUAAGGGUUCAAAUUCGUCAACAAAACGUUUUGAUAUCGAUAUAAGACCAUUUCCAAAGUUAGACAUUUUUGCAAAGCCUGCUGUACACGCUCGCACCAAAGAGCUAACAAGCAAACAACAAAAGUUCUCGCACAUUGUUAGUCCAAUUGGUGCCUAUAUGAAAAAAACUGCCAAAACACCGUUAAUGUCCUCAAUAAAUUGUAAAACUAAGGACUAUUUCAACUCGACAGCAAUUCUGGAACUUGAAAAUGAAUCUCGUUUGUAUCAACCCACAUUUGUAAAUGAUUCCAAUGGAAGUGAAGCGUCUGGACUAGCAAAAUUGCCCGGCUUAACAAAAGAUACGAAACGACCAUUACCGAAAAAGGCAUAUAUAUCAUCUGAUUUGAAACAAAUUGUUGAUGAACGCACACCUGUAACAAUUCCUGGCGGUAAAAAAAUACAAAAAUAUCUUGAGAACGCAAUGAUGCCAGCUGUAUUACGUCACGAAGGCAAAUUAAAAUUAACUGGUGGUCUUAGUAGCAACAAGAUAAACAUCGCAACAACCUCAUCACCAGGAUCCUCCUCAUCGAAAUUACCAUUAAAAGUUUCCGAUACAAAUUCAACAGUUUCAAAAUCAUCUCAUAUACCUCGACGUAACAAUGCUAGUCUGGCCGAUUUGUCAGUUAUGUCUGGCGAUGUAUCUUUAUAUACUAUAAUGGAUGCUCAGAAAUUUUAAUAUUAUAUAACUAUUCCAGCCAAUUUUAUUUAUCUUUAUAAUGUUAGCAUGUAGUUUUUUUAUGUUUAUGAAUGUUUUAACUUUAAUUUUUUUAAAAGGGAUUUUCUAAAUACAAUUAAUUAUAUGUAUGUACAUAUAUAUUAUAUAUUUACAUACUUAAACAAGAA